AUGGAGGAUCAAGACGAAAUUCAACAGCCGGAGCAAAUCAUCAACCAUGGACAACUCGACUUGACGCCAACCUUCAGUUAUUCGCUAAACCAUCGGAUUCUUGCAAACUGUGCCGUUUCGGCGAUUUUGGAGCCUGGGGGUAAUGAUACUCUGGUCGCUGUGACGGCGUCGAACAAAGUUGUCAUCCGUGGUGAGUUUGGUGAUAAAUAAAAUGAGAGAAAUGUGUAAUCAUCCAAUAGAAUUGCAAUUUUAAAGGAUAUAUAGUCUUAUGAAUUUACAAUACACGAAAUACGCGAAGAAGAGAAACGAAUUCAGAAUUUGAAUAUGCUAAAAUUUGAAAUUCACGAACUGUAUGAAAUAGUUCAGACAAAAUUCGGAAAGAUAAGAAAAUCGUCAGAAAAUAAAAAGUUAACCUAAAAUCAUGAGAAUUAUGCUCAACAGCCUUCCCUAUUUUUUCAUUUUUUUUUUACUUGUUCCAGAAGUUUAUUAAAAAUUUCCAUUUCCUACGACUAUUUUCUAAAGACUCAAUCCAUUAAGUCAGUUCAUUCAUAAACUUUCUCUUUCAGAAACCGAAAGUUCACUGCAUAUUUCCGACACAAUUCGUUGUAUAACAACUGCUCCAUUUUGUGACGGAUAUGAUGCUAUAGUAAUCGGGACUGAAACUCAAAUCAUCGUUUUUGAUAUUCACAAUAAUGCGACCCUGUUCCGACGAGACAUCCCCGAUGGCGUCAAUUGUUUUGCGGUUUGUUUUACAGAAUUUUUAUUUUCGAAAUUCUUGCUGUGAUAUUCAAAAGGCCAAAAAAUAAUUUCAUAAAGAUCUCGAUGAGAAAAUUUUCAUCAAUAUUUUUUGUCAUUCACGACUUCUGAAUAAUUAACCACCAGCAAGAAUUUUUCAAAAAAAAUCGCUUUACCUAUACAAAAAUCUAAAUUUCAAGGUAGGAAAUGUUGCCGACAUGAAUCCAAUGAUCUUUUGUGGUGGAAACUGCGCAAUUUGGGGCUAUGACAAAGAGGGAAACAACGUCUACUGGACUGUUACAGGUGAACGAAAAAUUCUUCAAAAUUAAAAAAAAAAUUUCAGGAGACGUAAUAACUUGCAUGUGCAUUUGCGAUUACGACAAUGAUGGAGAAAACGAGGUUUGAAUGAAAACUUAAAAAGUUAUGAGAUGAACAAAUAACUUUUUCAAUAUUUUCAUAAACCUAACUUGUAAAACGUUCAUUAUUUCUAUUAAAAAAAGCUCUAAACAACAUCUUUUACCAAUUUCAACUGUCUUCAGCUCAUCAUUGGGUCGCCGGAUUUCGAAAUCAGAGUCUUCAAAAAUGACCUGAUGCGGUCCGAAUUAAUGGAAACCGAUGCCGUCGUUUGCCUUCAGGCAGUUUCUCAGUUCGUUUACCUUUUUUUGAGCAUAAUCUGACGAAAAAUUUCCAGAGACUGUUUCGGCUACGCUCUGGCAAAUGGAACAAUCGGUGUCUACCAGAAAGAAGAACGACUUUGGCGAAUCAAGUCGAAAAACAACGUUUCAGCAAUCCUACGCUACCCCAGUGAUGAGCUCAUGACUUGCGUGUGGAAAAUGGGGAAGGUUUGAAGAAGAAAACAUGAGAAAAAUAGGGAAAGGGAAAUUUUGAAAAUGAGACACAAAAGACGCCAAAAAAGUCGUUCUGAUUGACGCAUUUGUGGUGCGUCUCUUGGCCUCGAUUUACAAUUUGAGAAUUUCUCGCUCCUAUAAAAGAUUACGGCGUUCUGCGCAGUGGAAGAAAAUGUAAAAAUUUUGAAAAUGCGGAACGGCUUCGAAACGUUGCUCCACCUAGAUUUACGGUAGACAGCUUGCGCGCGAACAUUUGAAUUUCUUGUUGCUCAAGUGCUUCAGGUGAUUUUUCAUGUUUAUUUCAGUUGUAUCUUUAUCUGUUUUGUUCUGAUUUACGGUAAUUAUUUUUUAUUGCGACAGCAAAAUGCAAAGAAACUUUUUUUUUCAAUUUUCAAUAUUAUUACUGCUGGGUUUUAACAAAAUUUUCCCUUUGAAACAAAGAAAAAGCCUUUCAGCAACAUUUUCAGUGUCAAAUUAAAUUUUUUAUUCGAAUCAAUCAAUCUCUUCAUUUUCGUAACAUCAGAAUGGUAUGGCUAUGUCGCAGAGGAGAAAAAAUACCACUAGGUGGAUGAAUUAAACUAAUUCUGUAAAGAAAACUUUUUUUUAAAUUUUUACUAAGUCGGGAAAGACACAUAGAACCACAAUAAGUCAUUUUCGGCACAAAAUUCCACGUUUUUCACUGGAAAAAAGGACUAUAAGCAAUUUUGAGGGUGAAAGGUAUGAAAGUGUUCAGAAAAUAAGAAAAACUUUCACCCAAAUGUUUUUUUGUCAACUAGAAAAGGAAUUGUGAAAGGAUCGAUUUUUUUCACGUCUGUAGUUUUGAAAAAACGCUAUUUUUCGAGGAAAAAAAUUACUUUUGAAUUUAAUGAGUAUGCGAGUUAGCGUCGUUCUGUGUAUGCACCAAAGAAGUCGAAUAUUACGGAAAUUGUGGGAGGGGCGUCGUCAAAAGAACACCGUGGUUUCAAACAUCAACCACUAAGCUUGUGAAAAAUAACUUGUUAAAAAUUCAACUGAAAAAAAACUUCAAGUUGCUUUUAUGAACUUUCAGUGGAAUACCUCAUUUCACCUUAACGUGUUUCGGUUUUUGACUGUUGUUGAUCCCUUUUUGAGCUUGUUAUUCGGCUUUCUCCGGCUUUGCGGCUGAAAAAGUUUAUUUUAUUUAAAAAAAUUAACUUUUUUUAUUCUGUGAAAGUCCAGUUGGACUUAAUCUUUGGUAACAUGAUGAAUUUUUUUCACGUUGAGGGCAACACUGAAGGCUCAAUUUUUUUGAGUUUGAAAGUUGACGAUUCUUAAAUUUAAUUGGAAAAAGGUGAUUUGCCACCUGGCACCAGAGCUAAGGUCUCACGUCUGAAAAAUAAAAAUUAUUCUAAUUGACGUGAAUUAAUUUUCUUUGCACAGACGGUGAAAGUUUCUUCCUGGCUGCCUCGGUCAAAGGAGUAGCAGUAAUCAAUAAAUCAAAAAAAAUGUUAAAUUGAUCAAUCUCCCAGUUUUUCCUUCAGAUAGACAUGCGCCAAGUGGACAACGGGGACGUCUCCUCAAAGGAUCAGUCGACCUCAGGCCAAGUUGUGGCCGCCUGUGCAACUCACAGCGAAGAUCCUCUGAAGGCCCAUAUUACUGUAGUUUUGAGCGAUGGGAAGGGUAUAUAAAAAUCAAUAAAUUCCAAAAUCGAAACUUCAAAUUCAGUACAAGGCUACAAACUCCAGCAGCGCAAGGAAAAUAACGAUAAAACCCAGGAAAUGAUCAGGGAAUUCGGGCAGAAAAAGCAUAAUUUAAUGGUUUUGUGGAAUCAGAAAAGGAAAAAUUCUUGAAAUGACUUGAAGAUGGAACUGAGUAACUACGAGCAAGAGGAGCAAAUGACGGAGGCUGAAAAAGAAAGGGAACAGCGGAUUCCGAUUGGAACUGUUGUCAAUUGCUUGUAUGUUGGUGGGUUUUAAGGCAGUUAUUUUCCUACAAAACUGAUGAAUUCGGUUUUAAUUGAAAGCUGAGGUUUUUCUGAUUAAAACCGUGUCAAAUUCUUGGAAUUUGAUAAAGUUUGAACAAAGUUAUGAUUAUUUAAAGUUGAAUACUUUUUUUAAAUUUUGAAAACUCGGAGAAAAGGGCGCAGUUUUUUCCGAUUUCUAAAGGGAAAUGAUGAUAUAUUGUUCAAAAACAUCCAUAAUUUUUAAAAUUAGUUGAUUUUUAAUGAAUUUGUGGCUUUCAGAACAUAGGUAAAGUCGGAAAAAGUCGAAAAAAGGCUCUAUAGAAAAAGGGUUCCUGUUUGCAGCCUUUUUGCGCCCUUUCAUCGGCUAUUUUGCACCAUUUUUGCUGCCUCUCCCUUUUUCACCAUUCCUUGAGCUUUUAAAGUUCUAGAAAAAAUGGAAAAGUCGAUGACAGACCCAUUUUUCUGCCUUUUUGCGGCCUUUUUUGAACCAUUAUCCAUCAAUCCGAGAACCUUUUUCGUAAUUUUUGACGUUUUUUUGAAUUUCUAGGCUGAAGUGUAUGUAUCUUGAAAUAUUUUUACUCGGAUCUGUUAUUUUUCAUUUGAAGUAAAUUUUUCUGGAUCAUAUAAAGUGUAAAUUUUGUCAAAAAAGAAACUUUAUUCUAGGUUUUUUUCAAAGGUCCUUGUUCAUUUUUCGGCAAAAAUUGUCAAAUUUAGGUAUUUUUCCACGGCAAAUAGCUUUCCUUAUAAUAUUUAUUGCUAAAAGGUGCAGUUAAAAAAAUGAAAAAUUCACUAAAAGGUGCGGUUAAAAACGAAAAACGAUCAUUAUCCACCAUUACGACUUUGCCCGAGAAGCUUUUCCACAAUUUUUGACGUUUGUCCGAAUUUUAAGGCUAAAGUGUAUGCACCUUGGUUUUUUUUUAAUUCGAAUUCGUUAUUUUUCAUUUGAAACAGACUUUUCUAUGGCGUCUAAAGAGUUAACUUUGUCAAAAAAUAAUUUUUAUUCAGGGUUUUUCAAAGUUCCUUGUUCAUUUUUCGGCAAAAAUUGGCAAAUUUAGGUAUUUUUCCACUGCAAAUAGCUUUCCUCAUAAUAUUUACGGCUGAAAGAAACAGUUAAAAACGAAAUUUUCCAGUAAAUAGCGACGAAAGAACUCUGAAUUUGGUUUUGGAAGCGUCGAACAAUGUCACGAUUCGGGCCGUUGUCAUUUUCGCUGAGGGGAUGUUCGAGGGAGAAUCUCAUAUUUGGUUAUUUAUCAAGUUAUAAGAAGAUUGAAAAUGUAAAAUUCAGGAUCCCUGGAAAAUUGGAAGGGAACGGAGACAAGGCGACGAUUCCAAUAGUUCCGGAGAAAGACGCCCAAAAUGACAUGCAUAUCAAGGCGUUUUUGGGGGCUCCUGAUGCGUUAGUUGUUAAGGAAAAGCUUGAAAAACUUCAAAAAUUGAAUUUAAAGCUGUUUUUUUAAUUGAGUGCCUUUCGAAAUAUUCAAAUUUCUUACUUUCAAGCAGCUUUUUAGUUGGAUUAAAGGCAUAGAGGCAGUAAAAAAUGACGUUUCAGGUGAAAGCAGUAUCUUAUAUAGUUUUUUGUUGCGAAUUGAACGGUGUACUCAAAAAAAUCACAGAUGUGACAACUUUAGAAGAAAAAGGCGAUUUUACUUUCCCGCCUUUAUUUUUGAAAAAAGCUUUCGAUUGGUAUACAGACAAAUUUUUACAGUAGCCGUGCACGCGAUGUUGCGGACGUCUCAUUAGACUCGCAUUUUGUGAGAAAUAACCGGAUUUCUGCUUCAAAUAAAGGGUUUCUUCUCUGAAAAAUUGAUUAAGAAAACCGAAAACACACAUUGAUGAUAAAGAAAACACAAAUAAUCGCUAUCCCAACCGAAACCUGUGUAAAAUCAUCAUUUUUCACCAAAGAAGCAUUUUUGCAAUCAAAUUUUGCAAAUUAUACAUGAAUAGAAAGCUUUGGUGACGAAAAGAACUUUGGUGUUAACAGAAAAAAUUGAAAAUUGAAAGAAACGAAGAAAAAAGCGAAAAUCCGGAAGAUGGCGAACCCUGUUGUCCAUAGAGCAACUUUACUGCAAAGCGCCCUUUUCGCGGGAACUCAAAUUUUCCUUUUUCCGACUUUGAAUUAUUUUUUCUACAAAACUAGGAAGUUCGGUACGUUUUCAAGAUCACCGUUCGAUUUGCAAUGAAAAACUCUACAAAAUGCUGCUUUGAAUUAAAAAACCGUUUUUUUACUGCCCCUAUGCCUUUGAGGAAUAGUUUGAAAAACGCCUAAAUUUGAACUUCCCGCUGUUCUUUUUGAUUGAAUUUCUUCUCGCAUGCUGAUCAGGUGUCUCAACGGGUGUACCCGUAUUAAACCCGUGUUUCUGAAGUUAUUUUAGUCUCAGUUGGGCUAAAACGGGGGAACAACGGGUGUAAGAAAAAUAUGUAACCCAGCUGUGCUAAAGCGGGGUCUCAGUUGGGUUAAAAAUUGCCAAAAGUUCUACCAGCUGGGCUUAUACGGGUUCAAUACGGGGGCACCCGCGGAAACGCCGUUUUAGCACGGCUGGGUUACCCUGCUCAGCAUUCGAGUUUGAAAAUUACCAAAUCCCCCAUUUCAAGCAGCUUUUCAAUUAGAAUUAAGUUUAAAAUCCUGAUUUUCCUAAUGAAAAUGACCAUAUUGAUAAAGAUUCAGGUUCAAACUGCACGUUUUCGAAAUGUCCCGAACAGUGCCCCGUUUCGCCCGCUUUGCCCUACUUCCUUUCCAGGAAAAUUGGGUGGAGCCGACGUCCUACGUCGAGUUCGAAUCGAAGCAAAGGGUUCAGAAGGUUGAUUUUCACAGGGUCAAUGCAAAAAUAAAAAUAAAUUUUCGUAUCAUUGAUUUUUGAACUGUUUCCUGAAUAUAUUCUUCCCUUUUCGGCUGUAUCAGGCCAUUUUUUAGAAUUUUUUUAGGCGGAUGAAUUUGAAUCAAAAAAAAUUAGGCUCACAAGAAUGUAGAUUCUGGCUAUUUUUGGUCAUUAAUCGAUGAAUUUAUAGUGAAAAUUAUAUUUAAAUUGGAUUUUUUCAUGAAACCUCUCAUUGGAGCUAUACAAGAAACUUUUCAAAAAAAAUUUUUUUUGGCGGAAAGUUUUGAUUUUUUUGUAAAUGGUUUAGAGAAUAGAUUUUUGGCUUUCUUGGUCAUAAAAAAACAAUUUUUUUAGUGUAAUUGGUGUUUCAAUUGGAUUUUAUCAAUGAAAUAUCCCUUUUUUUCGGAUUUUUUUGGUUGAGUAAAUUGACUCGCAGCAAAGUGUUUAGAAUUCAGAUUUCGGCUAUUUUAGGCCAUAAAAAAAUAAAUUUUUUUAGUGAAAAAUUAUAUUUUAAUUGGAUUCUCUUCAUCAAACCUCUUUUUGGCGGUAACAGGUAUUUUUUCAAAAAUUCGAAUUUUCUGGUCGAAAAAUUAUGAGAUAUGGAAAUACGCCAAAAAUUUCUAAAUUUUUCCUUUUCUUAUGAUUUUGGCGAAAAUUUCGAUUUUCAGCUCUUUGACUGGGUCCACGAAAGCUUCGUGGUGGACGUCAACUCGCCGGCCUUCAAUUUGGACGCUCCUCAGGUCGAACUCCGGUUUGUCGGUCUGGCUCCUCGGAAAAAUUGCCAGCUCUCCAUCAAAUUCGACAAACAGGAAAAUAAGGUUGAAAAUUGGGGUUUUUGUGACAUUACAGCGUAUAAUUCAUUAGCUAUACUGGAAAAAAAAGCUCAAUUUAGACCCAGUGAAAAUUUUUUUAAUUUCUUGGAAAUUAAUUCAAACACGGUACGAGUUUUAUACAACGACUACUUGAAAUAGAGACACUUUUCUUUUUUGUCCCUCUAGGGACCACUAGCAUGCCUCCUAGAGUGGCAGUCAACUGAAACCCCUGCAGAGAACACUAGCUGGACCCCUAUAGGGGCCACUAACUGAAAACCCUAGAGGGACCACUUUUUCAAAGGCCAGGGGUUGUUAAAGUGGUCUCGAGACAGUCCCUAUGGGAACCAAUAACUGAAAACCCUAGAGAGGGUAAGAGCCCUCAAAGGGAUUGAUAAAGCGUUCAUGAGAAAGUCCCUAUAGGGGCCAUUAACUGAAAACCCUAUAGGGACCACUUUUGCAAGCGCCAGAGGUCCCUAUAGGGAUUGGUUAAAGGGUCUCGAGACAGUCCCUAUAAGGACCACUAACUGAAAACCCUAGAGGGACCACUUUUUUAAAGGCUAGGGGUUGAUAAAGUGGUCUCGAGACAGUCCCUAUAGGAACCACUAACUGACAACCCUAGAGGGACCACUUUUGCAAGGGGUAGAAGCCCUCAAAGGGGUUGAUAAAGCGGUCCCGAGAAAGACCCUAAAGAGACCACUCUGGAGCUCCCUAGUUUGUCGCGGCCUGAAACUCUUUUUUCUCUGCGCCCCCUUCGUCUCUCGGUGACCCUCUCAUGUUGACAUACUAUUUUUAUGUUUCUCUGACCUCGCCGGUGAGGGAACAGAGAGACGCAGGCAUAAAUGGACUGGAAAAAAGUCCAGGUAACUCUAGGCGUAAGUAGUUUUGCGGUCGGGUGCAUUGAAAAAAGAAUCAAGGUUCUAUCGGACUAUUUUUCACAAGAAUAGUGAGAAGAAUUUGCUUAAAGUUUCUUUUUUUGUAGUUUUAAAGCUCAUAAUUUCCAAAUCGAGCCAUUCCCCAGAUGCGAAUCUACCACGACUGCAUCGAAACGACGGGAAAUAUGGUCCAAAGUUUGGCCGAAUACUUCCAAGUCCACUCCCUGACGUCACACGCCUCCUUCAAGCCGCUUUUCGACGAAGCCGAGGAGAUUUUGGGCGAAGUUAGUCGGGAAAAAUGCUCAAAAAUCAGAAUUUUCGGUGCAGAUCUUGUAGAUUAUCUUCUCUUGAGAAAAUCCAGUUCAGAUUUAUAAAUUCAUUUCAUCAUAAAUAGCCGGGAUAGGAAGUCUAAUUUGUGAAAGUGAAAGGAAAAGCUGGCUCAAAGUGUGGAUAAUACGGUUUUUCGCACUUUCUGAUGAUUGAUAUUUAAAUGAAAGUACAUUUUGAAUGAUUUUUCGGUUUGAAAUCGCAAAAUUGGUGUUUCGAAAUGAGUUCUCACCAAGAAAACUCGAUUUUUCGGAAAAAUAAUUUUAUUUUCUUGAGCUUUCCGGCUUCCAAAAAGUCACUACUCAUCAUAAAUGACGUCACGUACUGUCAUACUUUUUUAUGACGUCAUUUAUCGAGUUUUCACGUCAUACGAUUUUUUUUCCAUCUUUUCUGAUCUUUCCAGUAAAAACCCCCGAUUGAAUAUUGCUUUACCAGAUAUUCUUUAAUCUAUAACCAACCUGACGUCAUUUUUUUCAAGUUCUGAAGUCAUCUAAAUUUCAAUGACGUCAUAAAUUAUUUUCUAGCUUGACGCCAUGACGGACCUACGUGAUCGCCUAACGGCAGAACUUCAAGAAAAACAAUCUGCUGUCAAAGAAACUUUAGUCCGAGCCGAGGAUUCAAUCGGGAUCGAUAAUAUGUAAUAUCAUCAUUUUAUCACGUUCCUCACUAUUGCUCAUCUUACAGAGGGAUGGCUAGGAAGUUGUACGCUCGCCUGAAGCAAAUGGACGCCGCCGCCAGACAGGCUUCAUUGCUCAGGUUAGCUCAGAAAUAUCAUUUUAAAGUUAUAAUUAUGAUACUUUAGGUCAAAUAAUCAAGAAAGAUGCGUUCAAAGCCUCCGUCGUCUCAAUAAAAUCAUUGAGAAUUCUUCAAAAUUGCGAGGUUUUUCUUAAUUUUUCCAAUAUAAAUCAAAGUUUUCAAUUUCAGUUGGUGAACCCGGUCGUCAAAUCGUAGUGGCCUGUCGUCAAGCGAUUUCCGACGAUAAUAAGCAAAUUAUCGUUAAAAUACUCGAAUUCGGAGCAUCUGCAUGA